UGGGAACCGAGCUGGCUCGGCUGGUGCCUCCUCCCCCGGUGGUCCCUCCCUUCUGGCCGGCUCCCUGCCUCCCCGGCUCCCCCGACUGGCCUCCGCCUCCACUUUCCCCGGCUCGCUCGGAGGUCUGGCCCCAGCUAGGCGGCUGAGGAGCUGGCGGAGCAUGGCCACUAGCACCUCUAUCCCCAGCUCCUACCCCGCCCUCCCCGUGGCCCGGCAGCAGGAGGGGGGAAGCCAAACCCAACCCUCAUCUUCCAGCCCUCCUCCCCGCGUGCACUAUGGAUCGCACCUUCUAGAGUCUUAACUCAGUUCUGGAGGACCAACAUCCCCCGGAUCUGCACUUCGGGAGGUCUCUGCUCCCGGGAUGCGAGAGCCUGGGACCAGCCCGCCCUGUGCGGAGCUCAAGCCGCAGCCGGGAGCGCAAACCCGAGUCUUCUAGGAGGACGCGUGUGGAGGAAAGGAGCCACAGGUUCAGGCAGGUGCAUAGGCGGGCUAUGGUGAAAGGAAGAUGUUGGCCAGGAAGAGCAUCAUCCCGGAGGAGUAUGUGCUGGCGCGCAUCGCAGCGGAGAACCUGCGCAAACCGCGCAUCCGCGACCGUCUCCCCAAAGCCCGCUUCAUCGCCAAGAGCGGAGCCUGCAACCUGGCACACAAGAACAUCCGAGAGCAAGGUCGCUUCCUGCAGGACAUCUUCACCACCUUGGUAGACCUGAAGUGGCGUCACACGCUGGUCAUCUUCACCAUGUCCUUCCUCUGCAGCUGGCUGCUCUUCGCUAUCAUGUGGUGGCUGGUGGCCUUCGCCCACGGGGACAUCUAUGCUUACAUGGAGAAAGGCACCAUGGAGAAGAGUGGCCUGGAGUCCGCUGUCUGUGUGACCAAUGUCAGGUCAUUCACGUCUGCGUUUCUCUUCUCCAUUGAGGUUCAAGUGACCAUUGGGUUUGGAGGGAGAAUGAUGACUGAGGAAUGCCCUCUGGCCAUCACGGUUUUGAUUCUGCAGAACAUCGUGGGUCUGAUCAUCAACGCAGUCAUGUUGGGCUGCAUCUUCAUGAAGACGGCGCAGGCCCACAGAAGGGCAGAGACGCUGAUUUUCAGCCGCCAUGCUGUGAUUGCCGUCCGCAAUGGCAAGCUGUGCUUCAUGUUCCGGGUGGGUGACCUGAGGAAGAGCAUGAUCAUUAGCGCCUCGGUGCGCAUCCAGGUGGUCAAGAAAACCACGACGCCAGAAGGGGAGGUGGUGCCUAUUCAUCAGCAGGACAUUCCUGUUGAUAAUCCCAUCGAGAGCAAUAAUAUCUUCCUAGUGGCCCCAUUGAUCAUCUGCCACGUGAUUGACAAGCGUAGCCCCCUGUAUGAUAUCUCAGCAACUGACCUUGCCAAUCAAGACCUGGAGGUCAUAGUGAUUCUCGAGGGCGUGGUAGAAACCACAGGCAUCACCACACAAGCACGGACCUCCUACAUUGCCGAGGAGAUCCAGUGGGGACACCGCUUCGUGUCAAUUGUGACUGAGGAGGAGGGCGUGUACUCUGUGGACUAUUCCAAAUUUGGUAACACGGUGAGAGUGGCUGCGCCAAGAUGCAGUGCCCGGGAGCUGGAUGAGAAGCCUUCCAUCCUGAUUCAGACCCUCCAAAAGAGCGAACUGUCGCACCAGAAUUCUCUGCGGAAGCGCAACUCCAUGAGGAGAAACAACUCCAUGAGGAGAAACAACUCCAUCAGGAGGAAUAACUCUUCCCUCAUGGUGCCCAAGGUGCAGUUCAUGACUCCAGAAGGAAACCAGUGUCCAUCAGAAUCAUGAGGGCAGGAUGACCGGAGACAGUUACUUGUUGAGUCCUGAUGACUGAUAGCCCUGAACAGUCACUGUGUCCUGAUGACUGAGAGACAAUCCGGAGACAGUUCAUUGAGUUCCGAUGAUCAAAAUAUUGCACUCAUCACCAGUUCAGGGCUGGAGCACAGUAUUCCUAUCCUAAUGCACUGAGAAAUAUUAAUAUUUGAGACAUUAAACUUCCUGUAUUAAUAAACAAUAACACACAAACCUGAGCUCUUUAUUCUCCUCUCAUCUUAAAAUUCUGUUUUCUUCCCAGCAGUCUCUGUAGUCAGGUCAGUUGGCCUGUGUUUUUGAGCUUCUGUCACUUAGCAGAGAUGAGAUCUUCUACCCAAGCCCAGUUUCGUCAUUCUUAGGUCCUGCACCCUCAAGUAAGGGCAGAGUAGAGAGACGUCCUGGGUUAACACGGUGUGUGAUGUGGGGUUAACCCAGUGUGUGAUAUGGGGGUAACACGUUGUGUGAUGCGGUAAAACAUGGAAGCUGGGCAGCUGGGUAGCCUUUUAUUCAGAGUCUGGGGCUUGAAUUCAUUUCUUACAUGAGCCAUUGAACCACACGGGUCAUCAUGAAUAUGUUCAAAUCUAACCUUCAAAGACUCAGGUUGCUAACCAAGCAAAUAGCACCUGCUGGGUUAAUUAUUCCUAAAAAAAAAAAAAAAAAAUGUCUGACUUGGAACUCCAGACUCAAAGAUCAAACAGGUACCUGAAGCCCUGCUUGCCUGUUUAAUAAAAUACUCAAAACCUA